AUGGCCGAUAUGAGCGGCGAACAGAUGCAGGCCAAGAUCACCGCGGCCCGGCGCGAAGCUGAAGGCCUCAAGGACAAGAUCAAGCGCAGAAAGGAUGAGUUGGCCGACACUACCCUCCGUCAAGUCGCGCAGAACCAGACCGAAACCCUCCCCCGAAUCGGCAUGAAGCCCCGUCGGACGCUCAAGGGCCAUUUGGCCAAAAUCUACGCCAUGCAUUGGUCGACCGACCGCCGUCACCUAGUCUCGGCCUCGCAGGACGGAAAGCUCAUCAUCUGGGACGCCUACACCACGAACAAGGUUCAUGCGAUCCCGCUGAGGUCAUCGUGGGUCAUGACCUGCGCCUACGCCCCGAGCGGAAACUACGUCGCCUGUGGUGGUCUCGACAACAUUUGCUCCAUCUACAACCUCUCGUCCCGCGAGGGCCCGACCCGGGUCGCGCGCGAGCUCUCAGGACACUCCGGCUACCUCUCCUGCUGCCGCUUCAUCAACGAUCGCAGAAUCAUCACCUCGUCCGGCGACAUGACUUGCAUGCUGUGGGAUAUCGAAUCGGGCUCGAAAGUUACUGAAUUUGCGGACCACCUCGGCGACGUCAUGUCCAUCAGCAUCAACCCCACCAACCAGAACAUCUUCGUCUCGGGUGCCUGCGAUGCCUUCGCCAAGCUCUGGGAUAUCCGUACCGGCAAGGCGGUCCAGACCUUCUCCGGCCACGAAUCCGACAUCAAUGCCAUCCAGUUCUUCCCCGAUGGAAACGCUUUCGGAACGGGUUCCGAUGACACUUCCUGCCGUCUCUUCGACAUCCGCGCGGACCGGGAGCUCAACACCUACCAGAGCGAUCAAAUAUUGUGCGGCAUCACCUCCGUGGCUUUCUCUGUCUCUGGUAGAUUGCUGUUUGCGGGUUAUGAUGACUUUGAGUGCAAGGUGUGGGAUGUUUUGCGAGGCGACAAGGUUGGGUCUCUGAGCGGCCACGAGAACCGUGUAAGCUGUCUGGGAGUCAGCAACGACGGCAUCAGCCUGUGCACGGGAUCCUGGGAUUCUCUGCUCAAGGUCUGGGCCUGGUAA